AGAAUUGAUAGAAAAGGCAACGUGAGCUCCCUUAAGCAGUUCUCUGAUGUCAGCAUCAUUACCGGCAGGCUGCUUUCCUUCACAGUGCUACUCUGACCGAAGUAUCGUCGUUUGAAAUGUGCAUUUUUCUCUGAACAGUCUUCUUCUCGCUUGUAACUGGUUUGGUUUUCACAUACGAAGGGAUUUUGCCAAGGUGGAGCAUAUUAAUUUGAUGGCAGCAUAAGCUGCUGCCCUGCAUUGUAUCCCAUAGGGACGAGAAGUAUCUCAGAUGUCCACAUGAGGAAACCCAUUUAAAGGAAGUGCCUGUGUGCCAAGCCUUUUGCUGCUCCUUUGGAAUGGAAUCACUACUGUGUGACAGGAAGUCUACUAACCAUGCUUGUGCCAUUGACGCCCCCGGCCGGCCUUCAUGGCCCAGGUGUCACUGUGCACCCAGGCAGCAGGCGAAGGACCCUGAAGGGCAGGAAUCUGGAACAGAAGGCUGCAAAGGGGGCGGGGACCACGAGGCGGGAGAGAUGAACCUGUGGAGCGAAAUCAAGCGCAAGUCCCACAACAUCAGGGCAAGGCUGGAGGCCUUCUCUGACAACAGCGGGAAGCUGCAGCUCUCCUUGCAGGAGACCAUCGACUGGCUGACACUAAAGGACGAGGAGCUCUCAGAGCAGCUGCCCGUAGGGGGCGAUGUGGAGACCGUCCAACAGCAGAGCGAGUUCCACCAGGCCUUCGUGGAGGAUGUGAGGUCCAGGGGUCCCAUUAUCUACUCGGUGCUGGAGUCGGCUCAGGCCUUUCUGUCACAGCACCCCUUCACCGAAGCAGAGGAGGCGCUCGCUGACUGCAAAGAUGUCUCACCGCCGAGACGAAUCCAGAACGUCAGCCGCUCGGUGUGGAAGCAGGCCAGCGUGGUCAGCGACCUGUGGGAGAAGCUGACGGCGCGCUGCCUGGACCGCCAUCGGCACAUGGAGCGCACGCUGGAGAGGCUGUUGGAGGUGCAGGGCGCCAUGGGGGAGCUGUGCGCAGCGCUGGACCAGGCCGAAGGAGUGAGGGACGCCUGGGAGCCUGUCGGGGACCUCUUCAUCGACUCGCUGCUGGAUCACAUCGACGCCACCAAGCUGUUCAAGGAUGAGCUGACUCAGGUGAAUGAGGCCAUGAAGCAGACCAAUGACCUGGCGCACCAGCUGGCCACCUCCAACGUCCACCUGUCCGUGGAGAACGCGCGCGCCUUGGAGCACCUCAACAGCCGGUGGAGGCUGCUGCAGGGUUCUAUUGAGGAGAGACUGAAGCAGCUGCAGGAUGCCCACAGAGACUUUGGACCUGGAUCCCAGCAUUUCCUGUCCAGUUCCGUGCAGAUUCCAUGGGAACGCGCCGUCUCCCCUAACAAGGUGCCGUACUACAUCAACCAUCAUGCUCAGACAACCUGCUGGGAUCACCCAAAGAUGACAGAGCUGUACCAAGCACUGGCCGAUCUGAACAAUGUCAAGUUCUCGGCGUACCGGACGGCCAUGAAGCUGCGGCGGGUUCAGAAGGCCUUGCGAUUGGACAUGCUGAGCCUGGGCAGCUUGACGGACGUGUUCCGCGAGCAGGAGCUGCAGCACGGCGAGCACGUGAUGGACGUGGUGGACGUCAUCCGGGUGCUCACCGGCCUGUACGAGCGGCUGGAGGAGGAGCGCGGGGUCCUGGUCAACAUCCCGCUGUGCGUGGACAUGUGUCUCAACUGGCUGCUCAACGUGUACGACAGUGGCCGGAAUGGGAAGGUGAGAGUUUUGUCCUUCAAGACCGGGCUGGUGUGCCUGUGCAAUGUGGAUGUUCAGGAAAAAUACAAAUAUCUGUUCCGCCAAGUGUCGGGGCCCGGUGGGCUGAUGGACCAGCGCCACCUCAGCCUCCUGCUGCACGAAGCCGUCCAGAUCCCGCGGCAGCUGGGCGAGGUCGCGGCCUUCGGGGGCAGCAACGUGGAGCCCAGCGUGAGCAGCUGCUUCCGCAUGGCCCCAGGGAAGCCGGCCAUUGAGGUGUCCCACUUCCUGGAGUGGAUGAGCCUGGAGCCGCAGUCGCUGGUGUGGCUGCCCGUCCUGCACCGCGUGGCUGCAGCAGAGUCUGCCAAGCACCAGGCAAAGUGCUCUGUCUGCAAGCAGUGCCCCAUCAAGGGCUUCAGGUAUCGUAGCCUUAAGCAGUUCAAUGUGGAUAUAUGCCAGACCUGCUUCUUGACGGGUCGCACCUCCAAGGGAAAGAAGCUCCACUAUCCCAUCAUGGAGUACUACACUCCGACCACCUCUGGGGAGAAGAUGCGAGACUUUGCCAAGACUCUGAAGAACAAGUUCCGAUCCAAGCAGUACUUCAGCAAGCACCCGCAGAGAGGCUACCUGCCCGUGCAGUCUGUCCUGGGGGCUGAAAGUGCAGAGACGCCCAGCUCCUCCCCCAAGCUUCCCCAUGCGGACACUCACUCCAGGAUUGAGCACUUUGCCAGCAGACUGGCCGAGAUGGAAAAUCAAAAUUGUUCCUUCUUCACUGACAGCCUCUCGCCUGAUGAAAGCCUGGAUGAAGACCAGUACUUCCUGCCACGUUCUAGCCCUGCCAUGGAGCAUGACUCCCUGACCGGUCAGCACCUCCUGGGCAACAUCAACUGCGAGGACAGGGACGAGCUGCAGAGGACGCUGGCCCGUCUGGAGAAUGAGAACAGGAUCCUGCAGGGGGAAUACCGGCGGCUGAAGUGGCAGCAUGCGGAAACUGCAGCCUCUCCUCAGCUAGCGGAGGGUGCGUCCCUGGGUCAAGAGGACCAGGAGCUGCUGGCAGAGGCCCGGGUCCUGAGGCAGCACAAGUCCCGGCUGGAGACCCGCAUGCAGAUCCUGGAGGAUCACAACAAGCAGCUGGAGUCUCAGCUCCAUCGACUCCGAGAGCUGCUGCUGCAGCCUAAAGGGGAUUCAGAGACAAAUUCUGUGCCGUCAUCAGUGUCUUCUCCUGUAUCUGCAAGUGGCCACCAGGGGGAGCAGCCGAGCAGAGGAACCCCAGACACAGAGGCCACAGGCGCAGAUGAACAUGAUGAGGAGGACACUGUGCUACAGCUCCAGCAGGUGAUUGACCAACUGAGGAACGUUUUCCCUGAGCACGGCACUGCAUGACACGUCUAACCCUGGGCGUGGCCUGGAAUUUGCAACGCUGCCCACUAGGCUGGGUCCUGUGGGCUGUCCUUAUCCAGGAGCGCAUCCCCAGCGGAUCACACACAGCUACAUCCGUGCGUCCAAGCGGAAGACCACCACGGAUCGUUCUUUGCACUAACCUCCCGGACUGCCCAGACCGAGGGCGUGUCUGCACAGAUGCUGUGCUAGCCUGCCGUUUGCCAUCGUGCCAGGUCAAGCUUUAACCAGUGCAGCACAAAUGCCUAGAUAAGGCUUUCGCCAAUGCACAAGGGUUUCGGUUUGCAUGUGCCCGAGCUCACUCACACCACAGUGUUUGGUAACACCCUCAGCUAACGUGUUAGUGUAACUCCCUUCUUUCGUUUACCUGUCGGCUCACGCAAACUCUUUCAGGUUCCGUUUGGGCCCACGCUGCCUUGUGUUGAACGGCCCCGCAAAGAGGAACUGAUCACCAGGCGCCAGGGAAGCUUCAUGUGAGCUUGUUUCUUGGGCCAUCCCUCUGUAUAAACCACAAUUUAUUCAUAACAGCCACAGUGCCUGGGAGAGGGAUUGCUCCCUUGCUCCAGCCACUGUUAUCUUGUGAAGCUGGGUGUCUCUCAUGUGGUCAAUCUGUCAGGGUCACAGGGAGUUCUUCCUGUUCACUCUCUCUCUCUCACACACACACACACACAAAGGAACUGGCAAGGAAGUAGAAACGGCAGUUUUCUGGCAGUUUGUUUUUUGCCACAGGAGUGUCUGAGAAAGUCUUGCGGUGAAGGUCAUUUGUGCACAGUAUGUAGCUGUGAAAGCAUAGGCCAGUGGA